CUCACCUCCUCCUCUCUUUCCUCCUCUUUUCUUACAAACUCAGGCAAUUCUCAGUCUCUCCACCCCCAUUUCUAAUAUAACCCACUAGCAUCAUCUCACACACUCUCAAAAUCAUUUCCACAAUGUCCAGCGCCAUCGACGAAACUCCUCUCAGCGCCUUCCCGCACGAGCGCCGCAACUCGCUGGAGAAACACCUCCAAACGCGCCCGGACAUGCAGGACCUCAAGAACCGCCACAUCCUGCUGAAUACCAAUGUGGCACCAUCGCUCCAGUCUGCCCAGCAGGAACUGGACCGCCAGCGCGCGACGGACAACCUGAAGAAGAACCUCGAGAAGCGACCUGAGCGGGAUGAGUUGGUGGAGCGUAAUAUCCUCCCCGCUUCCACCGCCGCGCCGGCCCUGCAGGCUCAAGCCCGUGAGCUCGAGCGCCACAUGUUGGCCGAUAACCUGGAGCACAAGAUUCAGAAUCGCCCCGAGCCAGAGGCACUUAUUACCCAGGGGAUUUUGACGGAGGAUGAGGAUCCUCGCUCGGCCUGAUUGCGCUGCGGGUGGCUGCUUUGUGCUGUUGUUCUGCGGGGGUUUACGUUUCAGAUUGCGUUUCAUGGAUUUGGGAACGUCCCAUCGAAACGCAAGCCUAGCCUUCUCUGGACUUGCACUUUGAGACUUGAGGCUUCCCGCGGACACGGUCGAGGCUAUGGAUGAUACGAUGGUUUCUCAUGGCGUUCCUUUUUAUUUAUUUCUUUUUUCCCCGUGGUUAUCUUUUCCGUUGUGCUUUGUGUUCACCGUUCUACGCUGCUUCGGCUUGCGGGUGGUGAUGUCACCGUGACGCUUUCGUCGAUAGCCCCCACAUAAUUAAUUCUGGUUAUCGUUCCCCAGAUUUUGUAGUCGCAGAGUUCCAGUGGCCGGUCUUGAUCUUAUCAUAGAGAGAGUAGCGUGGCUGGGCGUGAUUGUUUAAUGCUUGGG